GAGCUAUUAAAGGACAAAGACCUUUUACAUAAAUAUGGUUGCGCCAAAUUUGACAUAACUCCACCAGAGAAGAAGAAGAAGAAGAGAGAAAAGAAAGAAAAGAAAGUAGAAGAAGAGAAGAAAGAGCCAGAGCCAGAGCCAGAGAAAAAGAAAUUUGACAUGUAA